AUGGCGUGGAACUUUGGUGGCUUAUUGCCCGGGCAGAAUGGAGCCAAACCACCUAUAUUCCUUGAAUGGAGGUCAUCUAAUGGCUUUGUUAUGUUUGUGGUUGCUUUCGCGGUCUUCACGGAUGUUCUGCUCUAUGGACUGAUCGUUCCUGUGGCUCCAACUGCCUUGCACCAAAGAGUCGGGUUGUCAGUUGACCAAGAACAAUCAUGGACGUCUAUUCUCUUGGCCCUGUAUGGAGCAGCUUUAUUAGCAACAUCGCCCAUCGCAGGAUACAUAGCUGACCGGUUCGAAUCUCGAUGGUGGCCGCUCAUAGUAGGAUUGUUGGCAUUGGGCGCCUCCACGGCUCUACUCUGCGUAGGGACUCACCUUGGUCUCUGGAUAGCAGGACGUCUGUUCCAAGGCGCAUCCGCGGCGGUUGUUUGGACCGUCGGGGCUGCGUUACUUGUCGAUACGGUCGGCAAGGAAGGCCUUGGGCAAGCGAUGGGUUAUCUCGGAAUGGGCAUGACCCUCGGAAUCAUGUGUGGCCCUCUUAUUGGAGGUGUCGUCUAUGCCCGUGGCGGAUACUAUGCGGUAUUCGCCCUGGCAUUUGCUAUGGUUGGAGUGGACAUUGUUCUGCGGCUCGUCAUGAUCGAGAAGAAGCAUGCGGCCAAGUGGAUCCGGCAAGAAAAGCAAGAAAGCCCAGAUAUUUCGCCCUCCGGGACAAUAGAAAAGCGCUCUGGGUCGGAGAAUGUCACUGAAUCCUCGCCCUCUGAUGCACCAAACAACGCUUCGCAAGAUCAGGUCUCGACUGGACAAUUGUCACCGGAGUCCUAUGACAAUGCAAGUUCCCCAAAGGCAAUGAGUGCUGUCUAUACUCUCCUGGCCUCUGACAGAAUGCUGGUCACUAUAUGGGCCUAUUUCAUCCUCUCCGUCCUCCUGAGCUCCUUCGACAGUGUCCUUCCCCUCUUUGUCGAGGACACAUUCGGCUGGGGUCAGACAGGCCAGGGGCUGAUCUUUAUUCCGUUGUCUGUCCCUCAUCUGACGGAGCCAUUGUUCGGUAUGAUCAAUGACAAGUAUCCGAAUGCUCGACGCUACAUGGCGGCAGGAGCGCUGUUCGCGACAGUUCCGUUCUUGGUGCUGCUUCGACUGGUCAGCCACAACUCCAUGGGCCAGAAGGUGCUAUUUUGCGCAUUGUUGGUCCUCGUGGGCUGUUGUAUAGCCUCGUUGAUGCCUCCUCUCUUGGUUGAGGCAUCUUAUCUCGUGGAGGAAAAAGAAACGCAGAACCCAAACAUCUUUGGCAAGGGCGGGGCCAUGGCACUAUCAUAUGGGAUCCUCAACGCAGCAUUUGCUGCUGGAACGAUAGUCGGUCCCUUCUUUGCGGGAUUCAUCCGGAAAAGUGCGGGCUGGGGUACCAUGACAUGGGCGUUGGCUUUGCUGACUGGUGUAUCCGGUGUUCCUACACUGUUGUUCCUGGGCGGGUUUUUCUUCAAGAAGAGAAGUGAACCGGCUUCAUCUGCGUCUAUGGAGUGA